UGACAGCAGCCGCACUGCACGUUUAAGCUUAGCGAGAAAAAAAGCCCUGCUUUUGUCCUCUAUUUAUAAGGAGAUAGAAUAACGCCCGCUGCGUAUCUGUGUCUGCGCACAUCUCCGCCCUUCAGCGGCAGCAGAGGGAGUUCCGAGCCGGGUGGGGAGAGCUGAUGCUGCGCGAGUCCAGCGUGGAGAGUCUCGGAACGCGGAUCGGUAUGAUCUGACUUCCAAGGCGACUUAAGACAGCCUACAUUAUUAAGCGGUUUCCGGACUCCUGAGGGCACCAUGAUCUCUUCGCAACGUAAAAAAGUAAAAGGACAAGUAUGCUUUUUCUGGAGCGCGAGCAUGCCCUUGAACGCGUGGCUGAAGGGAAGGUUGUGGACUCACCUGCGCUUUGUGUGGCUGGGUCUCAUGCUGCUGACGCUGCUCUGUGUGGCCAUUCAGUUCCUGGGUGUGGUCAGGCAGUCCAGAAACAGCAUUAUUAUGAAGCAGUCUGCCACCAAGAAGUUCUUCAGCAUGAGGUUCACCCAUGAAUUUAAGAAAACACACACCACACCUCAAGGGCAGUCGGACAGUGCGCUGCUCUCAGGACACAGCCAGCAUAGAGAUGGGGGCGGAAUCACAGAGACCACCACUCCGGUCCCCAGUGCAGACACCCAACCAGCUGGCUCAGCAGGAAUUACAGGUAGACGUCUGUGGGAGAAGUCACCAUCCCACAGUUACUCUCAGGGCACUGGAGGGCAGAAAACUACAGAGACAUUUACAAAGAGGACGCCAGCACCUCAGGAUACCCGGAGCUUAGGCCAGACCCUUCCCCCACAGCCCCCACAAGCAACCACAAGACCAGUGAGCCACGGGGUGGCCUCCUGCCAGCCGAAGAACCAUAUAGUCUUUCUGAAAACUCACAAGACUGCCAGCAGCACCAUUCUGAACAUCCUCUACCGCUAUGGGGACAGCAGGAACCUGACUUUUGCUCUGCCCGCCCUCAGGCAUAGCCAGCUCUUCUAUCCCAUGACCUUCGCAGCUCAUUUUGUCGAGGGCUUCCAGUCAAAGACUGUCAAGGAGUAUAACAUCAUGUGUAACCACAUGAGGUUCAUGCCAGAGGAGGUAAAGAAGGUUAUGCCAGAGGAAACAUUCUAUUUCUCAAUUUUGCGAAAUCCGGUAUCAAUGAUGGAGUCCAUUUUCAUAUACUACAAAAGCAUAGCUACGUUUCACAAGACCAGGAGCCUAGAGGAGUUUCUGGCCGAUCCCUGGAAGUUCUAUAACACCUCACUGCCUAAUAACCAUUAUGCGAAAAACCUCCUUGCUUUUGACUUUGGCUUCAGCGAUGGAAGCAUUGGCAGCGAUGAGGAGACGCAGGCCAAACUUGCUAUCAGCAUGAUUGAGAAAAACUUUGACCUCAUUCUUCUAUCGGAGUAUUUUGACGAGUCCAUGAUCCUGCUGAAGAAUGCCCUUUGCUGGACACUUGAUGAUGUGGUCUCCUUUAAGCUGAACAGCAGAAAUAAUGAUUCCAGGAUGAAGCUGCAUCCAGACACUAUAGACAAGAUCAAAGUGUGGAAUUUGUUGGACUGGAAGAUCUACCUUCACUUCAACGCCACCUUCUGGAGGACGGUGGACUUGAUGGGGGGGCAAGAAAGGAUGAAGCAAGAGGUGGCCAUGCUAAAGCAGAAAAGGGAGCAGCUCACGAAAACAUGCCUGCUGGAGGGGGGGGCUGUGGAUCCCUCUCAGGUGAAGGACAAAGAUUUAUCACCCUUCCAGUAUGGUGCUGCCGUUAUCCAGGGUUAUAACCUCAAUCCUGAACUGAAGGGACCAAUCAGGAAGCAGUGCCUGGACCUGAUCACCCCUGAGCUACAGUACACAGCAGCCCUUUAUGAAAAACAGUUCCCCCAGCUUUCCUUCAACCAGCACUUGUCCCAGAAGCAGCCAGCCUCACGCAAGGCGACUAUCAGUCGCUCAAGAAGCCUGAACCCCAAGGUAUCCACAGAAAAACGACUGGCACAAGGGGGUCUGCGGCAACAGGAUCACAGCAUCCGCCACCAAAAGAUCUUCCCCAAAGUGCCGCCCACGAGAAGCCUACGAAGUGUGCCUUGAAGAGUGACCCUAGGCAGAAGGCAUGUCCAUGGCGGUGUGCAUUUGGCUGUGCCAAACUCCGUGCCAUAGUCUGCUGAUCAAAUUAAUCCAGCAAUCCUUGAGGACAAAAUAUUAAAAGCUUGUGAUUCUCUGUGCCCCGAGGUGGCAUGCACUUUGAUCCUUAAGAAAUGACUGUCUCUUGCCUUUUUUUAACUGUCCCGUAAUAUAGAAGAGCACUUUAAUGCUUUCUUAUAAGUUUGUGUUGCUGGCAAGCACACUCUUGAAGCUCGGCCCUGGAAACUGAAGGAGAGGGUUACGGCUGGGCUGCACAGCGGCCAAAAGAGCUCAGUGAAGAAUCACAGCAGUGUACUAUACUGUUUCAAGGAAAAAGGCUUUUUUUCCCUAGUGUGUUGUGUCUAUGAUUGUGUCAAUCCAAAAGGGCCUAGUUUAUAAUGAAAUGUUUAUUUAAAUUAUGCAAAAAUGUCUAUCCACUUAUAAGUUAUAUUAGGCGGGAAACACACACACCUCAGGCUAAGAUGAUGUCUAAGACAUCAGGGCUUUCUCUAUGACUGAAAGCUUUUACUAUAUACUGUGAAUAAGAACACUGUGCAGUGUGAAUAAGAACACUGUGCAGUGUGAAUAAGAACACUGUGCAGUGUGAAUAAGAACACUGUGCAGUGUGAAUAGAUACACUGCCGCACAUUGUAUCAGAAGAUAAUUUCUCUUGGGAAUCUUAAAACCUGAAAAUAGGUGAGAUUUAAUCUCUCUAGGAUACCAAUCUGUCAUUCACUUUUACAUUUUGGAAGGUUUUGCACACACUUCACGGUCUAAAGGUAAAUCAGAUUUUUAUUCCAGGAAAUUUGUUUUAUGAAUGAAAAUUCUGUGGAAUUAUUGUUAAUGUAUAAAAAACAUCAGUCCUAAAAAAUUUAUUUGUGGGUGCAUGAGUAUGUAACACUAAUAAUUUCAUGUGUGCAUCGGUACAUUUCAGAUUUGAUUUAAAUUCCUGAAAUUAAAAUUGUAUUAAAAUA